GGCGUUGCCGUGCAACCGUCGCAGAGCAGACCCUCGCCCCCAAGUCUUCGCCGUCACGAUUUCGUCGACUGGAGACCCGAGCACCGCGGCGAUGACGAAGGUCCACCCGAACGCCUCUCCGGCGGAUCCUAUCAGAUCUGAAUCUAAAUCUUCCUGUGGAGGCGGAGGAAAGGAGGGGGAGGCGGUAGUCUUUACCGUGUGGCGGAAAUCUCUCCUCUUCAAUGGGAAUGGGUUCACGGUGUUCGACGCAAAGGGAAAUUUGGUGUUUCGAGUUGAAAACUACUCGUCGGGGAGUGGGAAUGAGAUCGUUCUCAUGGACGCCGCCGGCAAGCCGUUGCUCACCAUCCGGAGAAAGAAGUUGAGUCUUGGAGAUCGCUGGCUGAUUUACAAUGGCGAGGAGAGCACCAAUCCUCAGUUUGCCAUCAAGAAGCAGACGAGCUUCUGGCUCUCCAAAGCAAUGGCACGAGUGACCCCAUGCACUCCUGGCGCCAAGGCAUGCCUCACCUAUGACAUUGAGGGCACCUACUCGGAGCGAUGUUGCACCAUCUAUGACAACGACAGACAGAAGAUGGCAGAGAUCAAGAGGAAGGAAUCUGCCCAAGGCAUUCCCCUCGGCCUUGAUGUCUUCCGACUAAUCGUGGAGUUAGAAUUUGACUCGUCUCUAGCAAUGGCUGUAGUGAUACUUCUGGAGCAAAUGUUUGGAUCCAGAGGAUCACUCUUGAGAGGUUGAGAUUAAAGCUUCCUUCGUGUUGGAGCUUGUAUUUUAUGAGGUUGUUACUUGUUGCGCUCUCCUGAUCAUCCAUAUCAUAGGAAUUUGUAACCAAAGAAAUAGAACAAUUAAAGAUAGGGGAAAACAGAGAGAAAUCUGACCCCUGUGUGAACAUGAGAUGAGAUUGUCACCGUGUAUAAACAUAAGAUAAGAUGAACAAAGAAAAAAAAACACUAUCUGUUGUUCCA